AUGGGCGGCGGCAUAGGCAGGGCCAGGGGCACGGCGAGCCUCGCGUCCGCCGACCUGGUCCUGAAGGCGGCGUGCGAGCGUUGCGGUGCCGCGUCGGACCUCUACCUGACGUCGUGCCGGCACACCACCUUCUGCUCCGACUGCGGCAAGACCUUGGCGCGCGCCCGCGGGCGCUGCACCGUGUGCGACGCCCCCGUUACCAGGCUCAUCCGGGAGUUCGAUGUCCGGGUGGAUACCUCCGCGGAGGAGAAGACCCACUCUAUCGGCAGGUUCACCACCGGCUUGCCGCCCUUCUCGAAGGAGAGGAGCGCAGAGAACAGGUGGACUCUUCGCAAGGAUGUACCCCAAGGACGGCAGCUUACUGGGAAUAUGCGGGACAAGCACUACAGCAAGAGGCCAUGGAUUUUGGAGGAUGAGACUGGCGAACAUCAGUAUCAGGGCCAAACUGAGGAUCCACCUGCCACAUACUAUUCACUGACACUGAAAGGCAAGGACAUGAUUGCUGUUCAAGUUGGUUCCUGGUACAACUUCAGUAAAAUUGCACAGUACAAACAGCUGACCUUGGAAGAAGCUGAAGAGAAAAUGAAUAGAAGGAGAAGUAGUGCAUUUGGGUAUGAACGGUGGAUGAUGAAGGCAGCUACAAAUGGAGCUGCUGCCUUUAGUUCAGGUGUGAACAGGCUUGAUGAUGUAAAUAGAGGGGCAACAAAUGGUGUUCACCCCAAGAAAGGAGAUAGGAAUGAGAAUGGAAAUCAAUCUGACAAAGUUGACGAUGAAGAAGGGGGCGCUGCAAGGAAAAACAGGCUUGGGAUUACAAUGAAGGGCAUGGACGAGGACGACGAGGAAGAUGGAAAGGACAUAGACUUCGAUUUGGAUGAUGAAAUUGAGAAAGGUGACGAUUGGGAGCACGAAGAGACCUUCACUGAUGAUGAUGAGGCUGUGGAUGUUGAUAUAGAGGAAGGACCUGACUUAGCUGAUCCUGAGGCUGCUCCUCCUGAAAUUAAACAGGAUGACAACGAGAAUGAACUAGGCGGCAGUGACAACUUGAGCAAGUCCGGUCAGGAGCUAAAAAAGCUGCUUUGCCGAGCUGCUGGGGAAAAUGAGUCUGACGUUGACGACAAAAGCACAGAUGAAGAUGACCUACCAUCGCCAGAACUUGCUCCAAAACAACUUGUACCCAAAAGUGAACCAGUGGAUAGCAACCCUGCUAAACCAACACCAUCAGCGCACGCUCAGAGCGCCACAUCUUCAUCCAAAUCCACUCAAAAGAGGAAAUCAGGGGGUGGUGAUGCAAAUACUUCUAAUGGUGCAACCUCCAAAAAGAUAAAGAUAGAACCUGAAACCAGAACAUUGGUUGUCAAGGAUGAAAAGCAGUCUUCUUUGGAACCAAUAUCAAAAUCAUCUCUUUCAGAAAGAAGAGAAUCCUCACCCAUUACAGAGGAGGAAGUCAGGGCAGUACUUCGUGCAAUUGAACCCACCACAUGCCAAGAUCUGGUGUUGAGGUUCAAGGCUCGUCUAAUAACUCAAGAGGACAAGAAAACAUUUUCAGACAUUGUGAGGAAAAUAUCUCACAAGAAUUGCCAUGGCAAAGUCGUUCUUUGGAAGGAACAAAAGUGA